AGGGGUAGAGGGUUUAAGCUCACAAGUGUUUCCUUUUGAACAUUUUUUCCAUUGAGUGUAAGAACAGUUUAUGUGAACGCAAUGGAAACCAGUCUCGAGUCCUAGCUGUUUUUUUAUAUAUGAAAUGCCUAAAGUUUACUUCGAAGACUUAUUAAAUGUUAAAUCGACUAAACGAACACAAGAGUGCUUAUAAGAAAAUACAAAUUGCUUCUUAUUUGAUUUGAUAAAUAAUUUACGAUUUUACGAAUUUCAAUAUUCGGUUGCGGAAAUAAGUUUUAACGAAAAUACCCCACUUCGGAAUCCGCAGCCUCCAAAAAACCACAUUGAAUCCAAUUCCCUGCCAUUGACCUGCGAAAAAUCGAUUUCAGUUAUCCUUAACCACUGUACUGUCAUAUUUUAGAGCUUUCGCUUUCACAUUGCGGUAAAGGCAAUCUCUUGGUUGGUCCACGCGAAAUGUGUUUCCAGUAGAGGUCGUCGUUUCUGUCAGGCAAUGAUCGUUACUUCCACUUCCGGUCUGGAUAGCACUCCUACAUUAGGCACCGUUGAGGUGACCACACUUCUAGGCGCCUUCCUUGGCGUGCUCGUCCUGUUGCUUCUGCUUUUCCUUUACAUAAGUCGCAAAUGCUGCUUCCACUACCGCCAUGCCGUUAAUUGCUGCGACGAGCGCUACUUGGCGGCGAAGUGCGUGCAGAAGAUAACACGCAAACGACGCUAUGAUAACACCAGCUCCGAUUCGGACGAGGACAUUCUGCGGCGACUGCGUUGGCACCAGCAGCACCAAUUGGGAGAAAAGACUGGUGGAUAUGGUUUAGGGAUCAGCCAGAUGAAUCCGCUGUCAGCACAGAACUUCAACUACCACCAGUCAAGCGUUGACCUGGAGGUGAAGGUGACGCGUGACCCAUUAGCUAUCGCCGAGGGAGGCAAGGUCGGCAUCCCAUCGUCGCACAGCGAAUGCAGCUCGAACGACUCGAUAGAGGCCUCCGUGGAUAGUAACACCGGCAUUUUGACGGGCUUGAGCAAGGAACAUCGGGCCAAGGCGCAAGCUCUAAAGUACCAUCACAGGGUCGAGGUGGCUGCUCCCCCUAAGCUUGAGAAGGAGCGGGACAACACAGUCGUAGUGCCCAUUGCCGGUGCAUACAGCAGUAUCGACAACAAUAGUACCACCAAUUACAAUCCUACCAACAACAACGAUGAUGAACCCCUGUUUGACACUAGUGAUCUGCGCUCUAUCAAGUCGGACGACCUGUUAGUGGGGAUCGAUCCCAGGGGAGUAUCCAUCCAACGUGGGCCCAUCGAGCUCGAGUUAUCACUGCUCUACGACGCACCAAUGCGGAAGAUGACUGUGCAUGUGAUGCAGGCCAGAAGCCUUCCGCCUUUGAGCACUGGUCAACCCACCCACACACAGGUGCGGAUGUUGAUGCUACCCAGCAAGAAGCAAAAGCUUAAGACCAAGAUCCGCAGUGGCGAGAACCCUCAGUACAUGGAAAGCUUUCUGCUGCACCGAGUCAACCCGGAGGAGGUAAACAACAUGGGGCUUCGGGUGCGGAUUUACGGUUGCGAGCGGCUGCGGAAGGAGAGGUUGAUUGGGGAGGCUUACGUGAGCUUCGCCACCGUAGACCUUGAGCUUGAGACAAACCUGUGGCUACCGCUCGAGCCCCGCAACACCUCAGGCCUGGGAUCCACCAGUGAUUUGCUUAGCCUUGCAAGGUCGGAGAGCGCAGGCUCCACCUCUUCCAUGCAGCACGGAGGUGUCUCCGAGUUGUUGCUGGGCCUAAGCUAUAACGGCGUUACUGGGCGGUUAAGCGUAGAGAUCAUCAAGGGCAGCCAGUUUCGUAGCCUGUUACUAAACAAGGCGCCCGACACGUACGUCAAGAUGGUAAUGGUGAGCAGCAUUGGGCAGGAGAUCUCUCGGGCCAAAACUUCAACCCGUCGGGGUCAGCCAAACCCGCUUUUUAAGGAGACAUUCGCGUUCCAGGUGGCACUGUUUCAACUUAACGACGUCACUCUGAUGAUUUCUGUUUACGCCAAGCGGCACAUGAAGAAAAACGAGAUGGUCGGCUGGUUCAGCCUGGGUUUAAAUUCUUCCGGUUCGGAAGAAGUGGCCCACUGGGCGGACGUGUGUGAAAUGCCCAAGGGUGAGAUGCUUGCUCGCUGGCACGUCCUGGUGGACUCCUGAUUCGAACAGAUGGGCCAGUCCUCGAGACGCAGCAAAAGGGCCCUCGGUAUGCUGGGUCUCGCUGCGUUCAAGGAUCGGUCCCGUGAAAAAGGUCCAAAGGAGUCGCAUCAGGAGGACGAAGGAGUCCGGUUUUCGCCAGACAAUGCGGUUGCACUCGAAAUUGAGCCGGGUCUCGAGCUUGACUUUGUCUAAACCAAAGAUCUACGUAUUGUUAAUUGUUUUACGAGAGUGCAAAAACGUACCACUACUCAUAAUGUCGAUUUAUCAGUCAGGGAUAAGUCCGAACAACAGGUUUGGAAUAUUCGUAAUUUAACCCUGUCUGAACAAAAAAAUAUUUUUAUUUUUUAAUUAACUGGGCACACAUUUUGUUUAUAAAAUGUGAGAAAUAUGCAAAACUAAAAAAAAAAGUAGAAUAUUGAAAUUUUAUACGCAAUGAAACGCAAAGUGCAUGCAAAUACUUAAAUUACUACUCAAAAUUUGAAUUUUACGAUUGUUUGUGAUAAUGAAUACGAUAUGAAUAACCGGAGGUGCAUCAUUUGUUCAUCUGAACUAAUUUAAGGAUGAGUGGCAACUUUUUGUAAUAAACAUUUCUGCAUCCUGAUAUUUAAGUAUUAACCCUGGCAUAGGCUGCCCAAAGUCUGUUAAAUCUAGCACUUUUUUAUUACCAAAAAUAUGAAAAUUGAAUAUGAAAACCAAAAAUACUUAGGAAUAAUUUUAGUAAAAAUAAUCGUACAUAUAUACAUACGUUUUACCUGCAAAUUUACAUACAUUAAAACAAAAAAUCAUAUUUUGAUCAAUAAUAUGCAGUAUCAGUUUUGAUAUUCAGAAAAAUACAAAAAUUUAUCUGUUCUAUAAGAUAAAGAGAGAAGAUAAUUUGGUAACAAAAAUUUUAUAAAAUCAUAAUAUAACCUGCGAUUGGGCUUCAUAGAGCUUUACUUGACAUCGGCUUAAAAAUGGUCCUCAAAUAAAAUAACCGGCACGAUUGGUGUGAUUCGAUUACCAAAAACUCUAUUAAUUAAGAGAAUUUAGUUUUUGCAUUAAAUCUGCGUGAAUGAAAUAAGUUUAACUUAUAAACCUAAAAUGGAAAGCUUUAAUAAAUAUCUAAACAAUUUUUUUCACUCAAGUUGAAUCGCAGCAUAAAAAAAUAACUUAAGCUAUGGCAAUAAGCGUGCAAGAAACUUAACGGUAAUUUCUAUAUGAAACCAUAAAAAUGUAUUUGGAAUUCAUAAUAUUUAUGUAUAUCUGUUAAAAAUCUUUUUGUCUUGAGUGUCGAAUAUUUUAUAAUUGCAAUGAAAGUGAAUGUGUGUUCGUUGUUACAACAAAUGAUAAAUGUAUAUAUAACCUAAGUCUGCAACUACAUUUUGGAAGGAAAGCGAGGCUCAAUUUAUUUAACUAAUCGGAAGGGAUCUAUUACACACUUUUCAAUUUUAACAUUACAACCGCAAUUAGCUCAAGUGCGGAGUUGUUGUCAAGUAUUUCAGACUCUGAGUAGAAACUCCCUCAUAAAAUGCAAGAAAAUAAACUAAUUAUUAUUUUUACUGAGACGGAUACCAUAUUUCUACUCUUCAAUUUAAGAAUUAUAUUGUCAUUGUUGAAUAUCAAAGAAUCAUUUUAAUAUUACUUAAUUGACACCUAAAAUAAAACGAUAUUAUAUAAAAACCCA